ACCUGACAGCCGACACACGGACCGCUGAGGAGAGGUUUCUUAUUUCCCUAAUCAUUAAUAGCUUGUCAGUAUCACUACCAAGUACUUAGACGUUACUAAUCGGUAUCCGUCAUUUUUUUUCUAGUUCGGUUUCUACGUUUUUUUACACGUUUAAUAAUCGACUAUCGAUCGAGUCAUUUUAAUCGUUUAUCGAAACAAUUUACACGCGAUCGUACGGUUUUUCAAGUCGAGAAGUUUUCAUGUUUGAAAUAAUUUCAAAUUUGUGAUCGUUGAAGUUACUACAUACAACCAGUUCGCGAGUUUUGUUUUAUUUUUGUACGUUUUUCUCGUUGCUGUUUUAUAGUUUUUUUUUUCGUUAUAUUUGAUUUUUUUAAAAUAAAAUUAAUUCGUGUAUUAUUUUAUUCGUAACACAUGUAGUUUCGCGAAUUUAAUAUGAUUUCGUCUGCUUUACCUACCACGAGUAAACGUUUACUUAGUUUUUCAAUAAUUUAAAGCAGAAAUGGAGGCAUGGAAACGUCAAUUACAUCUCAAAGGCUCGUAAAGAUGCAUAAUAUUUAUCCGCUGAUAAUGUUCGCCAUGCUUCUGAGGUGCUCGAAUGGACAACAAGAUACAAAACGUUACCAUCUAUCGCCACAACAGUACGGUCUGAAGCCGGCUAAUCCGCUAGAGGAAGUUCCUAUUCCAGAUUUAAAAGAAACGCCACCGUCGUUAGACGAUCCCAGAGUUGGCGAGCUGAACAUCACGUCUCUACUAAUGAAACUGGGAUCGAACUACGAUGCCAAUAUGAUGAGCAUCGAACCACCCGAAGAAAAAGACAACGAUAUUUCGUACUUCGGGUACCGAAGAAGUCACCUAGGACGUUUAAUACCCACAGGUACGAUGCCAGAGUACUUGAAUAAAAUGGAUUUUAAAUACCUAACACUUACGAAUGGCUCUAAAUUAAGGACCAGAAUAUCACCCAAGUUAAAAAGAAAAAUUCAACAGUUCCUUUGGGCGUAUACCGCCUGUCCCGUAGUCUACCGAUGGAAAGAUCUAGGUAUUCGAUUUUGGCCUAGGUACUUGAAAGUUGGAUAUUGUCCGAAAAAUGUUUCCUGUUCGAUACCUCCUGGUAUGACGUGCAAAGCGUCCGCUGUUACUCAUAAAAUGCUGCUAAGGUGGCAUUGUAAAAGCUCGUAUUAUCCUAAUAAGUAUUCGUCGUCUUCGAAUCAUCGUAGACAUUGCGGAUGGAUGAAAGUCCAAUAUCCCGUAUUAACCGAGUGCUCUUGUUCGUGUGAGACCACUUCGAAUGAUUAAUUUAUUUGUAUCGUAUCGUAGUAUAGUAUGUCGUUACUUUUAUUUUCCUCGACCCUAUUCUUUUCCCUUUUCCCUCGUCUUAUUGCAAAAAUGUAAAUAAUACUACGUAGACCUUCCAAAAAUGUAGAUAUUUAUUAUUAGCAAAUCGAGAACGAAGUUUAUUGUAAAAAUAAUAUCAUCGGAUGUACUUUCAAUUUCGAAACAUUACGAGUUACAUUUCCCAUUUUGUACAUUUGUAUUACCUACCUACCAAUUAAAACAAUGUUCAUAUACCUAAGAGAAUUAUCGUGCAAAGAAUGCACUAAAAAUAUCGAUGUUGUCCACUUGUAAAUUCCAAUCACUAAUACGUUUUUUGUUUUUAUUUUUUGUAAAUUAUCUAUUUUAUUAGUUUUUUCUUUUUCUUUUUUUUUACAAUUAUUUUGAUGCUAGUCAAUAUAUAACUUUCAGUCGUGAAUAAAUCGUAAAAUGAUACAUUAAAUACGAUGAAAUUUUAAAUUUUUUUAAUAUUACGUUUUUUUUGUUGAUUUUUUUUCAUAAUUGGUAUCUUAUUUAGUGCGAGAGAACGAAUUUAGCUCGAACGGUGAUUAAUAAAACGAAACAAGAUUGGAUGAAAAGAGCAUAAUUUUUCAUAAAACUUAAUCAUUCCAUUGAGUGUUUCUGCUUUUUUAUUUUUAAAAAAAAUUGAAAGUAAAUUAAGCAGAUGCACUUACCAAAAUACUCGAAGAAAUUGGCGAAUAAUCUCAUCGUCUACUUACUUCAUAAAGUAUGAUUUUUUCAACCUAACUAACUAUCACUUUUCGAAGAUUGAAAACUUCAAUUUGAAACUCAAAAUUUAUUUAACACGAUGUGCUCUUUUCAUUUGGGUUUGAAUUGACAGUUUUAUUCCAAAAAUGGUUCUCUCGUUGUUUCUAAGUCACAACGUAUGUAAUUUGAUACACGAGUAAUUACUUAUUUUUAAUAAAAAAGGCAUCACUGCAUUUUAUUUAUAGAACUUUGUUAAUACAUAUUUAUCGAAGAAAUAUAUUGAUGAAAAUUUUGUUAGAGUUUAUAUCUCGAGAUUCCUUUAGGCAAAAUUUUAAUUAAUAUAUCUCAUUCGGAUAAGUUCUAUAUUGUAAAGCCAUGAAUACCUUUUUUGAAUUAAAAUAAAAAUAAUUUACUUUCCUUUAAACGCAACAUACAAAAUACACACUCCUUGUAUACGCACAUUCAUCACUUCUAAGAGAACGAAAAUAUUUACAUAAUUAUUUCGAUUAUAUCAUUGGAAUUAUUUAUUUCAUACAAUUCAUACCGAAAGAACCCUCCCUACCUCUUUUUAUAAACUUGCGAUUUUUUCAAAAAUGCGCAAUAUUUUUUUCUCGUGAAAUUUGAGUGAAAAGAUAUCACGAUAAAUCUAAGAGUAAAAAUUGCAUUAAUGGCAAAAUUUUCUUCGUCAGCUAAGUAUACCUACGUCCUACAAUGUAGGUCUAGGUAUACGUCAAAUAAAUUAAAAAUAAUUCGUAAAAUUAUACUGACCAAGCAGAACACGAUACAGCGAAACGUCUUACGAUCACAUAACAAUUGUGUAAUAGGUACCUAUAUAGGUAUAUAGUCGGUAAACCUUUAGUAAAACAACAUUUCAAUAUGUACUUUACUCAUUCGUCUGCUGGAAAUUAAAAAUUGCAAAAUUCACGCGAUUUUUUCCUAUUAGUGUUAAUUUGUCGUUGUUUUAAACUUGUAAACUAGAUUGUUUAUGGAUAAAAAAUUUCUAAAGAGUUAACAUUCGAUUGAAUAUAAGACGAUUGUAAUUAAAAUAAGUCGAGAUCGAAAUAAAACAAUCGAUGAUAGGUAUACGAUUCUUAUUGUUUGUUUAUUUGUUUUUUUUUUCGGAAUAAUUUUCAUAGUGAAAGUAAAGUGUAACUUUUAUUAAAGCCGGAGUAAUUAAAUAUAAUACAUAUUUCAAUUUAGUUCGUUAUUUUAUUACGUACCUACUUACCUAAUUCGUCGUUUUUUCGUAUUACAAUAAUUUUUCAACUCCCCCCCCCCUGUUUAAUGUAAACAAAAUGUAAUUUUUUCAUAUUUUUUGUUCACUGCAAUGCAACACGUCUUUUUUUUUUUUUGUAAAUUAUAACGUUAUCUUGUUUUAUUAUUGAUAAUACGAUUGUAAAUUAUUGUAUUAUAAUUUUUUUCAGUGGAUUUCCGCUGCGAUAUUAAAAUAUUAUGAAAAUUUUUCUAUUCGUAA